AUGGGCUCUAAUGAAGGUGACAUCUCAGUCGGUGGGUUUGGUGGUGACGGUGGGUUUGUGGUGAAGGUGACAUCUCAGUCGGUCAUCAAACCAUCGUCGCCGACCCCACCGAGCCGCCGUCGCUUCCAACUGUCUCUUUUCGACCGCUUGAUCGCCGUAGAUCAAUACGCAACCUUCCUUUCCUUUUACCCUGCGGCCGCCGGCGAGCCCCACGCCAUCCUCCGAGGCUCGCUCUCCGAAGCGCUCUCCCGCUUCUACCCGUUCGCCGGCGAGAUAAAGUUGGUGUACCCGGAACCCGGGCUCCCCGUGCCAAGUUCCUCCGUCGACUGCAACGACCGAGGCGUUGUCUACUUGGAAGCCGAAGCCAAUCAGACAAUGGCCGAGUUCCUCGGCGCUGCCACGCCGCCAAGCAGGCGGCUCCUUGAACAGCAUUUGGCUCCCCCGCGCCCCGUGGUUUCGUCUCACGCCCAACUACUGCCUAUGGCUGCGGUGAAGACGACGGUGUUCCGUUGCGGGGGAUGA